AUGGAGCAAUUGAGCGUCGUAGCGGUUCAUCCGUUCAGCGAAUACCGGUGCUGCUCGCUCCGCAUUACAACAAGUGCCACUAAUGCCACGUGUGCUACUAGUACAACCCUCCGCCGCCACCUCAACCCCCUGGUUCCGCCCCCCUUUGCGCGCAGCUUCCGCGAGCCGUUCUCCCGCCAGCCAUGCGUCCGCCAGCCAUGCCAGUCAGUCUACCGCGCGCGGCGGCAAGGUCAAGCGGGGAACGCUGCGUUAGUGGGUGUGGGUGCGAGAGUGAUGUUUGGGACCACAGGCGGACACGUGGCACGCCACGUGGCACGACACGUGGCUGGACACGUGGAGGAGGAGAGCGAGGGGGUACAUUCGCGAGGCGGCAGCGUGGAGCGUAACGACAGCAGCAGCACAGGGCCCCUGGUAAAGCCAUCUCUCCAGCUGUCAGUGCGCCAAGCGGUGCUGCUGCAGAUGACAGCGCUCGCUCAUAACGACACCCCUCGCACCGACCAUGGCCUUGAGGUGGGCGCAUACGGUGGGGCGGCCGUGGUGGGAAUGGGGCGAUUGGAAGAGGGAAUGGCUAUGUUUGCUCUUUUUUCUCCGCCUCCCUCCAUCCAUUCUUGUUCUCGUUUCAUCUUUCCGCUCUGUCACCCGAAAGAGUUGACGCGAAGGGAGUGA